AUGAGACAAUUGUUCUUCUGCGUCAGUUUUUUUUUAUUUUUCAUUUUGAGAAUCAGAGAAAAUAAGGGACAUAUAAGAAUUCGAAAAUUUUGGAUAAAUCCAUUUCUUCCUCGUAGGAAAGAAAUUAACUAUACAAAGUUUGGUAACAUCAGAAGUAAUUCCUUGAGUUGCAUCAUCCCCCACCAAUUCAUCCAUUCCGAUAAGAAACAAAGAUCAUCUCCCUACCUUUUUAAAUAUAAAAUAAAUUUGAAGAAUCCAAAGGGGAAUUGCAACGUAGUGCUUGAAUUACACACGAGGGAUAAACAUAUAGACACAUUGACUAUAAUUAGCUUGUUUAAUCUUCAUUUUAUGCAUAUAUCCCCCCUAUUUUUAAAUAAAGAGAAUAAAAAAAAUUUGUGUAUGCCUUUUAUCAACAUAAGAAAAAAAACACAUCUUGCAGGAUUACUCAGAAAAGUAAAAAGUACAAACAGCAGCAGAAACGGGAAAAGUAUCAGAAGAGCAUUUUUGAGAAGCUUUGCAUAUAUCACCUCUACAAGCAGAAGUGUGAAGUAUCACGUUUACCAGUUAAAUAAGUUAAUCAGAGGUAAGAAAAUAGAAUUUCAAACACGUAGAGAGAUGAUUAAUGGGAGUGGUGAAAAUCAAUUAGAGAAAAGGCACAAUGAGGAAAAAGAGGAUUAUGAGAAAAAGUUAAUGAUGGAUCGGGAUGUGGAAGUAUUAAAUACGGGUGUAAACAGAAAUGGAAUGUCGAUUAAAUCAGCUCCAUUUUCAAUGAGUCCAAUUUUGUCUUCAGAACAAGUUCGUGGAAAUUUCAUAAACUAUUUUAAAAAUAAGAAUCACACUGUUGUGGAAAGUGCAUCUGUUAUACCAUACAAUGACAGCACUUUGUUAUUUACAAAUGCAGGAAUGAAUCAAUUUAAGAGGAUAUUUUUGGGACAAGUAGAUAAAAAUAGUGAUCUAGGAAAAUUGAAAAGAGCUGUAGACACACAAAAGUGUAUAAGAGCAGGAGGGAAACAUAACGACUUAGAUGAUGUGGGUAAAGAUGUAUAUCAUCAUACAUUUUUUGAAAUGUUAGGUAAUUGGAGUUUUGGAGAUUAUUUUAAAGAAGAAAGUAUUGAUUAUGCUUGGGAUUUGUUAACAAAUGUAUAUAAAAUAGACGCAGAUAGAUUAUAUGUAACAUAUUUUGGUGGGGAUAAGAAUUUAGCUACUUGCCCAGAAGAUUUAGAAACCAAAAAAAUAUGGUUAAAAUAUGUAGAUGAAAAACGUAUUUUACCAUUUGGUAUGAAAGAGAAUUUCUGGGAAAUGGCAGAAACUGGUCCAUGUGGUCCCUGCUCAGAAAUUCAUUAUGAUCGAAUUGGUAAUAGAGAUGCAUCUGGUUUGGUAAAUAAAGAUGAUCCAAGUGUUUUAGAAAUAUGGAAUAUUGUUUUUAUGCAAUAUAAUAAAGAUGAAAAAAAAAAUAUGAACAAAUUACCAUUCCCAUGUAUCGAUACAGGGAUGGGUUUAGAAAGAAUAACAUCCAUUUUGCAAAAUGUUGAUAGUAAUUAUGACACCGAUUUAUUCAUUCCAAUUUUUAAGCAAAUAAAAGAACUUUUUAAUUAUCUUCCAGAAUAUGGAGGGAAAGUAAAUGAAGAAGAUGUAGACAGAAUUGAUUAUGCGUACAGAGUUGUUAGUGAUCAUAUCAGAUGUGUAACAAUUGCGAUUAGUGACGGAUGUCUCCCAGGAAACGAAGGAAGAAAUUAUGUGAUAAGGAGAAUUAUAAGAAGAGCAAUAAGAGUAGGUAAGCAAAUAUUUCAAAUAAAAAGUAACGUUCUCUGGUUUUACAAAUUAGUAGAUUCAGUGUGCCAAAUAUUAAAAAAUUGUUUUACAGAUUUACAAAAUGAAGAAAGAGUAAAUUAUAUUAAAAAUACUAUUAAACAAGAAGAAAUGGUAUUUAACAGAACGUUAGAGAAAGGUGUGGAUCAAUUUCAUAAGAUUAUAAAAAAGAAUAGCAACACAGAUGGAGAGAAAACUUUUAGCGGAAAGGAUGCAUUCGAUUUGUAUACAUCGUAUGGAUUCCCCAUUGAUUUGGUACAAAUUAUGUGUGAAGAAAAAAAUUUCAAAUUAAAUAUGACAGAAUUUAAUGACUUAUUUAAGAAACAUCAGUUAGUGUCAGAUACAAACAAUUUUAAAAUUAAUAAAUUUUUUGAUCUCCCAGUGGAAAAGGCACACGAGUUGAAAAUGGUGCAUAACGUAGAUGCCACAAAGGAUCAUCAUAAGUAUAAAUGGAACAAUGAUGAAAGAGAAAAUCAUAUGAUGAAGGUAGAAACAAAUGUACAAAUUAUAUACGAUGGAGAGAAAUUUCUCGAUGCUGUUGAAUCACCAAAUAAUGACAAAAAAUAUGCUUUAAUUUUAAAGGAAACAAAUUUCUAUUAUGAAAAUGGAGGACAAAUAUAUGACACUGGAUAUAUUCAAAAUGAUAAAAUGAAAUUCCAAGUUAUGAAUGUACAAAAAACUAAUGAUUAUGUGCUCCAUAUUGGUGUACUCCUACAGGGAUGUAUUCGAAAGAAUGAUUCUGUAGAGACUGUGAUAAAUUUUGACAGGAGGAAAUUGAUAGCUUGUAACCACACUGCAACCCAUUUGCUUAACUUUGUCAUAAAAAAGGUUUUAACAGAUUAUAUUCAUAAGACUGGUGACAAAACAAAUGGAAAUGUGGACAAUGGGGAUUCCAUGCAGAACACACAGGAGAAGAAUCAAACAAUGAUGAACAUGAACUCUAUUUUUAACUGUGAUCAGAAGGGAUCUCUAGUGGAUGAUGAAAAAUUGCGAUUUGAUUUUUCCUUUAUUGAAAAUAUAACGAAGGAAUUGGUUAGCAAAAUAGAAAUGGAAGUUAACGAUUUGAUAAAACAAUCAUUAAAUGUUUCUGUUCGAACUAUGGAUUUGAAAGAAAGUAAAAAAAUUAAAGGAAUUCGAGCCAUUUUUGAGGAAGAUUAUGCAGACAUAGUGAAUGUAGUUUUUAUAGAUAAUGAUGUUGAUAAAAUUUUGAAAAACUUGGAUGUGAAUUACUCUUAUUUGUGUUCCAUUGAAUUGUGUGGAGGUACCCACAUUGCCAACACAAAAUAUAUAAAAAAAUUUAUCAUAACAUCGGAGGAAAGUAUUGGAAAAGGAAUUUACCGUAUCAGUGCAGUGACGAAUAAAAAAGCAGAAGAAAUAGAAAAAAAAUUCGACGAUUUGUAUGCCAAAUAUAAACACAUUUUUGAUGACCCUAAUGUGAAUAAAUUAACCGAUGUACAAAUGUAUAAGAGAAUUUUAAAGGAAGAUAAGUUUUUACCAUAUCUUAAGAAAAACCAAAUAAUACAGGAUUUAGACAAAAUUGAAAAAAAUAUUAUCGAAAGUACGAAAAAUAUUCAGAAGGAACUGCUUAAUAGGGCAUCCAAUAUUGGUAAAGACUAUGCCCUAGAAGAAAAAAAUGGUAUUAUUUUAGAUAUCAAGUUUUUUGAUGAACUAUCUGGAAAUCAAAAGGUUUUAGAAAAAAUCAUCCAAUCGUAUUGUAAGCAUAACAAAACAUGUAGUUAUUUCUUUAUCAUCUCGGAUGAAAGGAAUACCUAUUGUGUUUUUGAAAUAAAGGAUUCUUUGAGAGAUAAAAAUAUACAGGCAGAUGUUUUUAUGAAAGAAAUAAUGCAUUCCGUUGAGGGUCAUUCAGGAGGGGGAAAAAACAAAGCUUUUGGUUCGGCAUCAAAAGAUAUGUGUCUUACUAUAAAGGACCACGUACAUGAUGCAAUGAAGAAAUAUCACUAA